AAGCAAUUUCUGUGUCUCUGUCUGUGGCUCCAAACAUUAAAAACGCACGCUGGCCGAGGCGUUUAACCGCUAAAAACACAGCCACGGCGAGUGCGAACAACGAAAUUUUCUCGGAAAGAAAAUUAGAAGGAAAUUUUCCGGGAAAAUUUGUAAGUUCAUUCCAUUCACUUGCCAAUUCUAUUUCAGAUCUGUUGUUGAUUCUCAAGCCAAAUCUCGAACUCGUCUCUAGCGCUACAAUCUAUAUGUGUUCGUUAGAGAUGUUCCGAUUACAGCAAGAGAAGAUCAGAAAACGACGACAACUUUGAUUUCUAUUUUCAAUCGAUUGAAACGAUUCUAGGGUUUUUGAUUCUAUGGCCGACGCGCUCUCUGUGAUUCCUCCCGUCGUUCUCCGAAACCUCUCCGACAGACUCUACGAGAAGCGGAAGAAUGCUGCUCUUGAAAUUGAAGGAAUCGUGAAGCAGCUAGCGGCGGCGGGAGAGCAUGAUAAGAUUACGGCCGUGAUAAAUUUGUUGGCCAAUGAGUUCACGUACUCGGCACAGGUGAAUCGCCGGAAAGGAGGAUUGAUUGGACUGGCUACAGCCACUGUUGCUUUGACUGAGUUUUAG